AACAGAUCAUUUAAUUGCCUAAUUAAUCUAUGAAUUAAAUAUUAGAAGCAUAAGUGGCAUUUGUGAACCACAGGCACUUGAGUUGUAAGUGCUUAGCACGCACCUUGUAGCUGUCAAACGAGCUAUUGCGUUAGUGACACAAAGGUGGAAGAAGAAGAAGCAGGCCAUAGUCAGCCCAAAAAAUUUGUUGCGUGUGCAUUUGCUGACAUAUUUAAGGAAUUUAUUUAAAUUAUUUUCCUGCAACUUGGUGUACAACAACAUAUGUAGAACUUAUGUCUGAUAAAAGUGUAAGCGAAUUAUGCGGUAUCAGUUGUAGUGCGAGCAGCUGCAGCAGCAGGCGGAAAAGAAGAAAGUGAAACGGCAGCCAGCAGCAAAGAAUUUGUAAACCAAAAAAUUACCCUACAACACAAGGUGUUCCUGUGCAUGUGUACAAGGGCAACGAGUAGAAGGUAGCUGAAGUAGCGGCAGGAUCAAAGUCAAAGUCGUUGGUGACUAAAACAUCGAACUGCUCUGUUAACCAGAAACGACGCUUCUACUCUCCGCAAAGCAAUGUCCAAUGGUGACGAUGUGCUAGACAACUGGGAAGAAAUUGAUGAGGAAGGGCUUUGCAUGAAAUUGCAAACAAAACUGCAGACUACGACCACAUACGACACUACAACGUCCACAACAGUGCAAAUUUUCAGCAAGCCCGCUGCAGAUACUUUGGAAACAGCCUGCCACACCAGUGCCACCAAAAUGAAAGUUUUACAGCGUCCACAAAGCUUGCAAGAGAGCAGCACAUCAGCAGCAUCCAAACAAAUAACCAUUGCCAAGAAGCCGUCACCCCCGGUUGGCAGCGAUGAUACUAACACGGGUACGUCCGUCGUUAUGGUCCUGCAUAAGUCUGCAAGUGAAUACGAUGCGGGGAAUUAUGUCAAUCCUAUUAGCAAUCAAACAGUAAAAAUUUUGCGCAGACCAGCGCAAGCAGAAGAAAGACGUGAUCCCAAUGGCAUCCGUCCCAGGCAACCCAUUAAAACGUUGCAGCAGCGCGAGCAGGAGUACGCAGAAGCACGACUACGCAUACUGGGUGCGGCCAAAAAUCCCGAAGAUGAUAAGCCUGCCACACCAGCGAUCGCAGUUACUAGUAGCGCAACCCUCGCUUCUGCGCCGCCUGCCCCCGUGGUUUCAAAUGCAACCAACAACAACAAUACUAGGCACAUCGCCGCUACGCUGCCAACUAGCAUGCAUCGCUCUAAUUCGGCACCUAAAAUGACUCUAUCACCACAGUGCUAUAAUAACUACAACAACUACUUCCAACCGCCUCCGCUAAACUAUUUUUAUCAGCAAGCAGGUCCCCCACCUCCGUCUCUGCAGUUGCAACAACAGCAACCACAUUACAACCAACGCAUGCCAGCGUAUGGCACAGCUCCAGGAGUCCCGCCACAGAUCCCACAACCAUCCAAUGCACAACAAAGCUGGUCGCCCGUGGUUGGUGGCAGCGUGUCCGCCGCUCUUCUGCGUCAGCAGCAACAACAGCAGGCUGUACCGCACCACCAUCAUCAGCAACAACAACAGCAUCCCUAUAACGACAACAUCUUGCGAUUGCCACGCGGUCCUUGCCCUAAUGGGACGAUUGGAUUUCAGAUGCGUCGGUAACAUUUGCGGCCCAUGGCCUGACUCCGCUCUUUUACUUUUAUUUUUAAUUCUAUCGGUAUCAUCAUGUGUAUUAAUACGCUUGUAUUUAAGAUUAAUUUGAGAUUUUGUAAGGAGUUCUGGACGAUGUUCUCUGAUUUUUAUCAGCGACAUGCUAAAUAUCGUAAGGAUUAGUUGCAUCAACCUGAGCUUGCAAGAAUAAUACACACAUUUAAAUUAUUUAUGACGGAGUAUGGUAGUUAUUUUGUAAAUUUCCAACUUACAAAUUUUUAUUAAAA